AUGCCAGGCCAGGAAGAAUUCCGUCUAUUUGGUGACCUGUGGCUACCAGACCCAGAGCAGGCUUUAUCCAGCCAGGAGCUUGUUCAUGUUCGUGCGAUCCUUCCACAGAUUCGGGCUUUCGAGACGAAUUGGAUGAAUCACACAAAAUAUUCUUACACUCGCUCUGGGUGGAGUUUAAAUGAGGCAUACGAAGAAUUUCGAGACCGAGAAUGCAACUGGUGGGAGGCACGGGGUGUCACCCGCCCCAGACAGUAUAUGGUUUGCCCUAGUGGCGAGCUAAAUGCUUCUGUUGCAUGUCAUCUUUUCAACCCCACGUUCAGCGUUGAUGACCCCUGUUGUGGAGAAACCGAAGAUCUUUCAAAUCCCUCAAUCUCACAGCUAAAUAAUGCUGAAUUUUCAACUCAAAACAAUUGCCUGAUUUUUGACCACCUCGCUCGAAGAGAUGCAAGUAAACACUGCGCAACUACUUACCCUGACGAUCUUUUAGAUCUUCAUGAACAAUUCGUUUUUGCUCUCAGAGACGCAAUGAACGCUAAGAUCGAAAUAUGUUGGGGGGCUAAUGUGCGCGAACGAAUGUUCAAGAAGAUUCAUCUGCAGCCUUUUCGUCUUUGGGGGGAAUUCGCAGGGGUAGUUCUUUACAUGGAAAUAACGCAAAACAGGUUGAAACGGUUUGUUAUCUUUGUGGCACACCCUCAACGCUUUCUCUAUGUCAAAAGUAAUAGAGAAAAGGCUCGAGCUUGGCGUCAUCGAUUUGGCAUAUCUCAAGACCAGGCUUUAACUGUUGCUGCCCGCUUAGGGGGAAUUCAAAUUCCGCCAAACUUUUACGUGCUAGAUCCUCGUCUGGCUCGAAACCUCUGUGUGCCGCGCACAGUUAGUGAUCAAAGAAGUAUCUGGCGAGGCCAAGCAGUGGCUCAAUUGAAGAAAGCCUUCCCUGCGGUAGAUUUAUCAGCAUCAACAGACAGACCGCAUCAUAUUCGCCCUACAAAAGAAGACAAAUCAUCGGUUCAAAGUGUAUUCACGCUUCUGGCUAAAGUCAAGCCUGGUAAAAUCAAUGAAUCUGUUAAUCUGCCACAGAUUGUCGACGAUACAGCCUUGAGGAAUUUACGCCUUCAGAAAAUAGCCAACUAUUGGAAUGAUCUAGGUGAACUGUUGGAUGCUUUUAUCUCAAAUCCUAAUGUUGGAACCUAUUCCGGAAGCGCUCCUCGCGAAGAGGGCCUUCCGGACCCAUUUAUUGAAUUCAUACAGGCACAGGAUGGCCUUAAAUUCAAUAAACGUGAAAUCUCAUGCCGUGCUGAUCUUAAGAUAGCUUUUGAGCUUCUUCAGAAAUGCCAAGGCACACCCGAAACGUUAGACAUUCUUACUCUAGCAGUUUCAGUACUAACUGCUUAUGGUUGGAUGAUAUCCCGCCCAAGAAAGCCCCAGGUUGAUAAUCUACUUAUUCUCCGCGGGUAUCCCAAUAAUACUGUGGCACGUAAAUGCUCUGGCUGUCGCAAGGAAUAUCUGGAUGAUCCUUUUGCCUACUGGGCAAAGUCUCGCCCGAACUGUUAUGUUCUCUGUGGUAAAAUAAAGCAUUUGCCUUGCACUCGAAAGGAUCUGGAGGAGAAACGCUUAGACCAGUUUGACAAGUGGUUUCUGCUACGCCCAGAAGAACUCGGAGACCUCCCACCUGAAGUUGAGGUCAGUUGCCGAAACUGCCAGGAGACAAGGCUUGUUGAAGCACGUUGGACCGAUAUCUACUUCAACAACAAUCUCAGUAUUAACGGUCGAAUUGCCGCUCUGAUCGAGGCCCAAAGACUGAUUGAGGCAGACAACAUAAUAAAGGAGAAUGGGUUAGACCAAGACUGA